AUGCACAGUAGCCGUGUUAUGGGGCGGCUGUCGCACAUGGGCGCCACCGCGGAGUGGCCGACAGUUGCUCCUCUCCUUGAUGCCCCGCAGGAGGGAACUGUGGAGGGGAUUGGCGUGUCCCCGAGCCCGCACCACCUCGCGAUAAAACCCCUGCAGCUCCCGUGUGACAGCUCUGCAUACGGCAGCUUCAGCCCUGAAGGCAUCCCAUUCUCGUGUGAGUCGCCACGGGGGCGGGGCGGUUCAGUUACAUCGGCGAACACCACCUUUGCGACGCAGCUCCAGCAAGAGGCAACCUUCACAUGGGACGACAGCUGCGCUGGAAACCAACGUGGUACUGUUGCUAUGGAGCCAUUCCUCGCGGACGGAAUGCCUCGAGGAAGGUUCAUCCUGUUGAAUCUCCUCACCACAUGGGGCGACAUGCAUGAGGUGGGGCUUAACGGCGUGGAGAUAUUUGACGAGACGGGGAAGCGACUUAUCCCACCCCCAGACUGCGUGGGAGAACAGCUGAUACAGCCGAAACGGAAGCAUCGUGAGAAGAAGGAGCCGGAGAGCAACGAGUCACCGCCACUGGAGGGACGACGAACGGAGGGUGGGCUCACGACACUGACGUGCACGCUCCCGCACAGCCGUCUCUUCGUGAUUGUAGAAUACCCAACCAUCCCUGGUGAGGCAUCUGCUACUGCUGUUGUUGGGGACGCAAGAGAUGGCGAGGCUGAUGCUGCAGAAGAGGUCGAUCCACGACAACGAGUGGCAAAUCUUGUGAAUGGCAUUCAAAACACACAUGACGACACACAGCUUUUCACUAUGCCCUUUACCGCCGACAGCCACCACCUGAUCGGGUUUAUUCUUCCAGAAGCAGCGGUCAUAUCAAUGGUCCGGGUGUACAACUACAGCGGUCGUGGGCGGGUUCAUGCAAAUAAAGGUGUACGUCUUCUGGAGAUGACGAUCGAUGACAAACUCGUCUUCCGCGGAGAGAUUGCAGCGAAUACAGGCGACAUCGUUCCCGCCCAGAGGGUCGGUCUGGAGAACUGUGAGAAUAUACUCUUCACCGAGGAUGCCAGUGUGCUACAGCGUUUGCUUACAACGUCUAAUACAAAUAUGCCGGCUCAAGGUUGGAUGCCUGACUCUCAACGGCAGUCGAGCGCUUUGGCACCGCCAAAGGAUGCCACGUGUCAGUCUACAACGACAGUACUGUUUAGUUCUGGCAACGAAAACCAGGCCCAACGGAUUGGGAGCGAGAAUAGUGUAGUGAUUCCUGCUGCAGCUCUUGUCAAAACAAGUGGGGCACGACAGGACAUUCGACCCAAUGCAACGGCAACGGCUUCUUCUGGUUAUGCUCCCUGCUGUUCCUCAAGCCUGCAAGGCACUUUUUCAGGGUGCCCGAAGGACGUGACAUCUGUCUGCUUGCUGCUGCUUGGUACAUGGGGCGACACAGAGAAAAUGGGCCUCAGCGGCCUUCGCUUUCGCGACGCACAAGGAGACUUGGUGAGCCAUCACAUCACCCACUGGUAUGUGCGCUUUCCACCACAGCAGCAGAGCGGCGACGGCAGUGGCGACGGCGGGUCUGAUGCAUGGACGAAUAGCCUCGUCUACCUUUUCGAUGAGGAUGUUAACACUGCCUUGACGCUUCCGUGUGUAAGUGGAGUUGAGAUCGUUUUUGUCUUUGAGACGCCACUACCCACGUUGAGCUUUGUGGAAGUGGCGAACUACUCGCUGGGGGAGCACACCUUCUGCGGUGUGAAGGAGGCACGACUGUUUCUCUCCUCCGCUACGUCCGGCUGGUCACCCGCCGGCCUCGUCGCGGCGUACGCGGCAUUGUGGGAGCCCAACGGCACGCCCACUCGUGCCGCUCUCGCAGCGCACGGUGUCUUUGAGGUUACACCAGAGGCGGGUGUGAUUCUGCGCAAGGCACCAGCGUUCCUAUCAAUUCCACGUUUUCAGACGUACGAUUUGUCGCUUGCUAAUGUAGCCAUGGCGGCAGCCAUGUCUUCUGGGGGUGGUGGUAGCCGUGCACUGCUUGGAUCCUUGUCACACAGCCUCAGUGCUUCCAUGACGAUACGAGCGGAGAUGGCGCUGCGACGCGCCCGCAUGGCGUUGAAGCCCCGUCCAGAGUGGCUGUUGGAGUACCAACCGUACAUAACCCCGCUGCUUCCUGUCGCGUAUGUGCUGAAGGUGUCGCUCGUGCUCUGCGCGAAGGAUGUAGAGGAGCUGAAGGAGUAUGCGAAGGAGUGGAUGCUGAAGCCGCUACGAGCCUGCACAUUUGCCGACGAGAAUGGCCAGCGCGUCCGCAUCAGUAGCGCCAACAGGCGAAACAAAAGCGACAAGAAAUAUGCGAGCAGCAAUGACAGCUCCAAAAAUGGGACCUCUGAGGUUCCUAGCGGCCUUGUGACAGAGUGCCUCUUCACUCCUCUACCGAAUUCCUUGCAGCGUGACGCCGAGGCUGCAGCUGCUGCACAGUCUGGCAUUCACGUCUCGCUGGUGCGGGCGUCGGUGUCGCUGGUGUACGUGGCGGACUCCCCCUUCUGUGUCUCAAUUAUCUCGUUGAACCGCCCGCUGGUGGUGGGACAGCGGGCGGCGUGGGUGCGGCACGUCUAUGUGUGGAUGGACGAUGGAUUGGUGUUCGACAGUGGCGAUGCAGGCGUGCCGCGCCACGUGCAACACACUGAGCCCGCCCCGUCACUGCAUCAGUUGUUGGGAGAGGAGCAGAUGUCACCAUUGGCUGCGGGAGGUGCCGCUAGCAACGCGGCAGCACCACAGGACAGUCUUACGUACUACACACGCGUGAAGCCUCUGAUUUUCUUUACGCUGGACGCUGCAGUGCUGGAGGAGGCCCGCUGUGAGGUCAUGGAGGCAGCAGUGGUACACAAGUAG